AUGCGUCCUUCCUCCAGGCCCCUUACACCGCCACAAAUUGUUAAUAAUGCGGAUGGAGCGACGACCAUGUACUGGCAGCGCCUCGCUUUCAUCAAACGCAAAGGGGGCAAACGCCGCUUCCAUGUCGUGGUGAAGGCUAACGAAUGUGCCCCUGAGACGCUGGAGGUGGAUGCGUCUGCUUAUCUAGUGAAUACAACAGACUCCUCGUGCAUCACGCCCCUGGCCAACCCCGCCCUGGUAAAAGUGCGAUACUCAAAGCGCCAAAAAAAAGCGACUUGCGGACCGACUCCGGCUCCUUCCAUCAAUCCCCAGCAGCCUUUUGUGCUCUUUGGUGAAGGCCAGCGAUUCUCCCAAGGGGCGCGCCUAGCCCCCUUUCAAAACCGUUUGUCGAUGCUUUCGUCAGUCAACAGGCAUGAGGAUAUUAUGGCCCUCCAUCAUCUUGGAGAUCGACAGCUCCAAUCGAUCGAUUCCCCACAAGCUUGCUAUGAAUACUGCUCAAUGAACGGGGGCCAGGAAACGCCAUUCUUCAGUUGGAAUACAGGUACCAGUCAGUGCUUUUGCUGCGUUGGGGUGUGCAAACCCUUCCCCUUCGAUCCUGAUUCCAACGUUUUCGAAGUGCGCAUCCCCAGGACGCUACCCCCAAUGUCCGCGCCUACAGCAGCACCUACUCAUGCUCCUGCAAUGACUCCGACGGCUGCCCCGACAACUGCAGCUACAGCCUCGCCUACAGCAGCACCUACUCUUGUCCCUACGAUGACUCCUGAGGAUAUAUCAUGGGCGAAGAGCUUCGGAGGCACUAAUGCCAACCAAGGAACUGGCAUUGCUGUGGACACAUCGGCCAGCUCGUACACUACCGGUUCUUUCCAAGGAACCAUGACGGUGGGUAACACCACCCUCAAAUCUGCUGGCUCGGAUGACAUUUUCAUGAUCAAGCUGGACCCCGAUGGCAAUCCUGUGUGGGCUCAGGGCUUCGGAGGCACUAGUUCCAACCAAGGAACU